AUGGAUCCUGCCCAACCAAUUUAUAUUCCUGAUCGCGGCCUUGGUAGAAGAUUCGUCAAUGUUCCUCAAGCAAGUCCUGCAUUCAGAGAAGCUUCUCAGGCAGCUUGCCAAGCCAGCUCCGCAAAUGACCGCUUAGGCCAGGAUGCCCCUUCUUCCACUAGACGCAGGGCUCAGCCGUCUUCCGAUGAUUCUGACUCGGAUAGCCAGCCGCUGUCUCAGAGACGUCGACGCCGAGCCCCUCGUCCUGUGUCCGACUCAGGCCCGUCCUCUAUCCCUUCUCCUCCUCCAGUUGCAGCUGCCUCUCCUCCACCUCCCAUUGUGACUCCACCUCCAAUCCCGAGCCAGGUAAAUGAUCCCCCUACUCCAUCCGAUACUCAGGUCGAGCCUCUAUUGGCUCAACCUUCCACAUCGCAGCAACUUCAGGGAGGUGAAGCUGGCCCUUUUGAACGCCCUUCAACUACCCCACCCUCAGCACCUUCUCAGGAGCCUCCUUCAGCUCCUUCUGGCUCAACUGUUGGGCCCUCAUCUCCUCUUGGCUCAGUAGCUGGGCCCUCAGAACGCCCUUCAUCUACCCCACCAUCAGCACCUUCUCAGGAGCCUCCUUCAGCUCCUUCGGGCUCAACUGUCGGGCUCUCAGUUCCUCUUGGUUCAGCCGCUGGGCCCUCAGAACCACCCCCGCUUACUCAUUACUGUUACUGUACUACUACCCCUUCUGAGGAAAGGUUAUGGUCACGAGCAGAUGUUCCCACCAGCUCCCUUAGGAUAAAAGGUCGUCUGGCCACUUUAUGGGAAGAGAGCAUACAACACAUGAACUCCUUGCCUCCCCCAGCCCAGAUGGACAAAUUCUCAGAGCUGUAUAUCAAGGCUUGUGCAGAGUCUAUGGCAGUGAACAAUUCCUUCCACGCUAUUCAUUAUCAGAAUAAGAUGCUGCGAGACAAGGUUGCUGAACUGGAACUGCAAUUGAAUGGCCCUGUUCAGGCUAGUCAUGCCCUGAGGGCCGAAAUAAAAGAUAUGACCAAGAAGAAGAACAGCCUGGAAGUAUCCCUAGCGCAAGCCAACUAUGAACUUAAAGGUCUCAAGGAAGAGCAAAGCCGAGUCGAUGUUGUGCAUCAGCAAAGUAUAGAUCAACAAGCUUUAGAGCAUCAACGAGCUAUGGACCAAUUGGCUCAAAAGCUACGUGCCGCUGAGACUUUAACACAGGAGCAAGACAAAAAGUUGAAAUCCCAGGAGGCCCAAUUGACCUCCCAAACAGUAGAACUAACAGCCGCUCGGAAUGAACUGGCUCGGGCUACUGCAGAAGGGGCAUCAACAGUUCUGGCUAUUUACAAAGAGGGAGAGAACGGUCGCUGUCAACAAAAUCGUGCUCUGUACUUGCGUUCUCCGGAAUUCUGUACACAAGCUGGUCAGCGUUUUUCCACAUCUGUUAUCUAUGGGGCGGGUGGGGCUCUGCGUCAACUUUAUGAACAAGACUAUUUGAAGUCAGUGUCGCCUCCUGAAUUUUUAGACCAUGACCGAAUCCUUAAAGAGAUCCCAGAUGAAAUUUUUCCUCCUUUCAAGUGA